AACGAAAGUUGCAGAAGACGCGUUUAAAUAUUUGUAUUUAGUGAAUCUUGUGCGCGUUGGAGACUGUUCUCUGCCCGUGGUACAAUUCCAGCUCUACGCGAGUUUCCUGACCACAGACAGACGUGAAAAUGGAUUUGGAAGAAGCUCAGACGAAAUUCAGCGACCUGUUGGGUGAAAUUCAUCCAGGCUCCGUGGCCGAGUUCCUCCUUUGGAUACAACAUCGCCAUUUUGUUGCAACUUGCAGUGGACAUCAAGUAGCAGAAGCCGUGCACAAGCUCAACCAGAUUGCUCAGUUUGUAAGAAAACUUGUACCAGAGGAUGCCGUGCUUAAAUCCGAAAAUAUACUGUGGCCAACCCAGGGAGAGAAUGCGGACUGCCAUCCUGAAACUACCGUCCACGUGGAUGCUUUCCUUUACGACGACGACGACAUCGACGAUCUCGUUGAGCAGGGAAAGCUGCACCGGUCCUAUUGCGGAGCUUGCGGGUCACGUGACAUUGUUCCCCUCACCUUCAUUUCGCACUCAGCAUCACGGAACAGAGUUGAGUUUGUCUUCCGUCAGCUUGUGCCGUAUCUGAAAGACAAGUCAGUCCUGGACGUCGGGUCUCGAUUAGGUGCCUUCCUAUAUGCCGCCCACGCUUUCACGCCCGCGGACCCCAUCGUGGGCGUCGAGGUAAACGCCGACUUCUGCGCGCUGCAGGAGAAAGUGAUCCGGGAGUGGAACAUGGAGGACCGCGUCCGAGUUGUCAAUGCAGAUGUGCGCGAAAUACCCGAAGUGGUCGCCGCUUCGGACGUGGUCAUCCUGAACAACGUGUUCGACUUCUUCGCGAGCCAGGAGGAGCAGGUGGUGUUGUGGCAGUAUCUCAAGCAGCACAUCAAGCGUGGAGCAGUGUUGGUGACAGCACCCAGUCUGCACAAGUCCCUGGAACAUCUUAACACUGGCAUUGUUGUCGAAGAGUGGGUUCAAGAGAGGUAUGUGACCGACCCCUUGGCAUACAGCUUCAUGAAGGAUCACGAGGAACUCUCGGACAUAUGUGCCUACGAUGUGCUUUAAAGGAUCCUCCCCUUUCAUUUGUCUUUGGUUAUAUCAGUGAAGCAGUCUCUGACUGCAAUUCAUCCGAUAAUUAUGACUUUUCUUACGAACGGGCCUUUCAAAAGUUUGCUGAGGAAAAGAAGGCCCGGCAUUCUUCUUCUUUUUCCCAAAAUUCACUCGCUCCUGGCUCAAUCCGGCAAUAUUCUUCGAACAUUCACAUUGAAGCAAUUGAUUAUGUAACAUCUGGAAAAGUGUGUCCGUGUUUUGUGCGGAGUUUCAGUUAUGCUUGUAUAACCAGGGACACAUGUUCCAGGACCUUAUCUCAUGGCCCGUUACAGCUCGCUGUGGUUAACCGAAGAAUACGUGUUAAUUCAACCUGCUA